GCAGUCACCAGCAGCAUGGUGGGGGUCACAGCGAUGAGGACGUGGAUUGAGCCGGUGGUUGCAGGUUCCCAAGUGGCCAGCGCCUUCUACGACACGGCGCUGCUGCUGGUGGUGAAGAACUACUACAACCAGACCAACACCACCACUCCCUCCCAUGCACUGGAAGAUGCUCAGCAGAAGGCCGUCUCUAAUUUUUAUAUCAUCUACAACCUAGUCCUGGGCCUGAGCCCGCUGGUGUCAGCCUACGGCUUGUCCAAGCUGGGGGACAGGAUGCAUCGGAAGAUCCCCAUCUGCUUCCCUCUUCUUGGCUACUUGGGCUCCAAAACUCUCCUGCUCCUCCUGAUCCUGCUGGGCUGGCCAAUCGAGGUGAUGUAUGGGGCUGCUGCCUUCAAUGGGCUGACAGGCGGUUUCACCACGCUCUGGGCAGGUGUCAUGGCUCUGGGAUCCCUGGGGUCCUCCGAGAGCAGGAGGUCUCUGCGGCUCAUCAUUAUUGAGCUGGUGUACGGCCUCGCUGGCUUUCUGGGAAGCAUGGCAUCUGGCUACCUCUUUGUUGGCUUCAGUGACCGCUAUCGAGAGGGCACUGUGCUGGUGGGCUGCAGCAUCGCUUGCUAUGCUUUCUGCCUCCUCUACAGCAUUUUUGUCCUGACAGUCCCCAAGCCAGCAGUUUCCAGCCCAGCCAAAGCCAAAAGCGCAGAGGAGGUAGGCAGUCAGCUACCAGCCCACACAGGAGCAGGAGCAGCAGCAGCAGGGAGUUCCCAACCUUCGGAGAGCAGCAGCUCAACUCUAGUAUCCCCCUCAAAACUCAUCAUCAUCAUGCUGUUUGUGGCAGCAAUCCUCUAUGACCUUGCCGUGGUAGGUGCAAUGAACGUACUCCCACUCUUCUUGCUCAGGGAGCCUCUAAGUUGGAAUGCCGUGGAGAUCGGCCACGGCAAUGCUGCUGGGUAUGUGAUCUUCAUCACCAGCUUCCUAGGGGUAUUUGUGUUCUCCAAAUACCUGAGGGACAUUACCAUGAUCAUGAUUGGAGUGGUAUCCUUCAGUGCUGGCAUCCUUAUCAUGGCCUUCGUGCAGUGGACAUUCCUGUUCUACAUUGCACGGGCAGUGAUGCUCUUUGCCCUCAUCCCCUUACCAACCAUCAGGUCCAUGUUAUCCAAGCAUGUCGAAGGAUCAUCCUAUGGUAAGGUGUUUAUCCUGCUGCAGUUGUCUUUAGUCACCACAGGAGUAGUGACAUCUACAGUCUACAACAAGAUCUAUCAAAACACACUGAACUGGUACAGCAGCUUCUGUUUCAUUUUGUCUUUUCUAGUUGGCUGCCUGAGUCUCCUCCCUUUAAGCAUCGUGGCCAUCAAACAACGUUCAACCACUGGCUCCCUUCAGAUUCUGACCAAGUGA